AUUGAGUUUUUUUCUUACCGCCGAGUCCGACGACGCUUAUCGCAUUUUCUCCCUUCUCUCAUCGCCCACGUAAAACCACAAGCAGGGACUUUGUCAAUGUGGUAGAGGCUGAGAAGAAGGUAGCCCUUGCCGUCUGUUUGUUCUAGGAGAGCGCGAUCGCCUGAACAAAGCCUAUCGCCCGAAGAAAGGCAGCAUAUCAGCCAUCAUGGAUUUCUACCUUCUUUUCUUCUUCCUCCUCUUCGUUUGCGGCUUCAUCACGCAUUUUCAAAGAUCUACUGUCGCCAUGGACACGUCAGAUGCCUACAAACGUUUUCAACGAGGGUAUAUGGUCGUCUAUCUGCUUGCUGUCGGUUCGGACUGGUUGCAAGGUCCGUUUAUAUAUUCUUUGUAUUCAAGCUAUAAGUUCUCGAAGGCCGAUAUUUCCAAGCUUGAUGAUUUGUUGGGCCAUUUGCACCAGCAGUUCACACAAACCUCAGCAGUGCUCUUACCGGUAUACGCGCAGCUCUGGUUCAAGAAUGAAUGGCUGUCGGAAACUUUCACUGUUGCAACAUUCGGGAAUGGCGCUGUGGCCAUCUUAUCAGGGCUGGUUGCAGACGUCGUCGUCAGCAGAAUGAAAUGGGGUGCCGUUGCUCCGUUUGAUUUGGCGGCCGUGACACUCGUUCUUUCUACAACAAUCAUCAUAAUGACAUGGACAGAAAACUAUGGCGAUUCACAGAAGAAUUUUUUUGGAACGAUAAAAAAUUCACUUCAAGUGAUUGCUGACGAUCGCAGGAUCGUUUUAUUGGGCUGUGUGCAGGCUCUGUUUGAGGCAUCGAUGUAUGCGUUCAUCUUCCUCUGGACGCCAACACUAGAGAUCGAGUCAGUAAGUUGUCAGUUAGGGGUUAGAGUCUACGAGGUGAGGUUUGGAACCGUAAUUCGGUUGUGCACUAUCACCAUGGUUGACACCCGGAGUGGGUUGAGUACUAGCCCCUAUACCCAGGAGCAACAAGAGAAGAUGGCCGCCUUAGUGAGAGAGAACAAGGAGAGGAAAGAGCUCCUGAAACAGGCGAAGCUGAAGGCAAUCGCAGAGGAGCAGGCGGCGAAGAUGAAGGAAUUGGAGGAGGAGAUGGAGAAAAAGAAGAAGGCUGCUGAAGAAGAAGCGGCAGCAGAGGCAGAGGAGGAGAGAAAACGCAGGGAAGAAAAAGGAGAGAGUAGUGGCACGACAAAUGAGGAGGUAGCCAUGGAGAAAAAGAUCAGCGGGUGGAUUGCUAAUUUAUCGUUGGGGGAAGAUGAGGAGGCAGAGUUUUAUGUGCCCCAGGACGAGAGGGAUGCGUUAGCCAGUGAGUUAGCAGCAAUGGAGGACCCCCUGGAAAGACAAGAAAGAGAGGAGGAGAAAAAGUUGGAGUGGAAAUUGAGAAUGAAGAGGGAAAAGAAGAGGAGGGAUGAAGUUAAUAGGUUGACCGCAGAGGUGGCGAAAGUGAAAGAUUGUAGGCAGGAGGUGCAGGCUCAGGCAGACACCUUAGCCAAAAUGGAUAAGGUGUUGGGGUACCGGGAGGUGUUGAGCGCGGCUUGGAUGGAGGAACGCCAAGCCAAUAGGGCUCACGAGGUAGCCCUGAGUGCCAUGCGGUCAGGAUUCAGGGAUUUUGCGCGCGACCUAGGAGAAGUCUGGCGGUUGAGAGACAACGUAGGGAAGUUAUGUGAGGGCGCCAUUGAGGGUGCCAAAGCAGUAGCAGCCGUUGAGAGCGAGGGCAGACCCCGCAAGGACCCAGUCAAGCUUAAAUUCCCAGAUGCGUAUGGAGGGAAAAAGGAAGAAAAUUUUGAUAACUGGGAGGCUAGUGUGAACAGUUAUGUAUACUUGCAACGUAUCCUGACUGAGGAGCAAGUCCUCGUCGCCUUCCAGGCCCUUAAGGAUGAAGCGGCUAGUUUUGCCAGGUCCCUAACGUGCGCAGCCGGUUGUGAAAACAACCUGGUUGCAUACUCCAAGGUUACCCCCCUUCCUCACUUCUUCAAGCUCCUGAGGGAGCGAUUUGCUGACCCAACGAGAGGCGUUAGGGCCUCUGACAAACUGCAAACUAUCCGCUCGCGACAGCGGAGGAGUGCCAGAGCACUCAAGGGCGUCAUGGACGACUUGGUAGCCGUCCGAGGCCAUGGGGUCAUUGAGCCCCAGUUGGUCCAGUUAUUUUAUCGUGCCAUGCCAGAGCCCCUGAGAGGGCAUUUCUUUGAUAGAUCUGAACAGGCCGACAUCACCUAUGAUGUACUGAGUAGAGAGGUGGUCCUGUUCGAGUCAAAGUCCAUGCCAGUUUCCACUUUCUGGCACAAGGACUUGGACAAAGGAAAAAAGUGGAAGGGUCGUACCAUCUCUGGCCAAGUGAGGGCCAAGGAUCAUAUGGUCCUCACGUUAGAAGAGGGUGGUACAGAUGAGAUCCCCUACAGUGAGAUUGAGUGGGGGUUAGAGGAAGAUGACAGCAGCAUAGGGAAGGGGAGGUCUUAUGCGGCUGUCGCGGUUGGAGGGAGGCCGCAAGGUAGAGGAGGAGGCCAGGGCCAAAGGGGUCAGGCCAUGGGAGGCCGAGGACCGGGCGCACAGGGGGUUGGCGGACAAGGAAACCGCCAAGUGGGAGGUGGGGGUCAAGGUCCCACGUUGAAUCGUCAGGAGGCACGUACGGAUUUAGUUAUACAAAAGUUCUUUGAUUUUUGGGUUAGUGAGAAUGGAGUCCCGUUGUCAAUAGUUAGCGAUAGAGAUAGUCGCUUCACCAGCCAGAACUGGCAAGAACUCAUGGGAGUUUACGGAUCUAAGUUGUUGAUGUCAUCUGGCCGCCACCCAGAGACCAACGGUCAGACCGAGCAAAUGAAUAAGAUCCUACAGCAAGUUCUGCGCAUGUACAUUAGACCCGACCAGAUCAACUGGGACGAGAUGUUACCUAAGGUAGCUAGCGCAUACAAUAACAGCAUGCAUCUGUCCACCUGUCGCACUCCCAAUGAGCUGCACAAGUCCUUUAGACCGCGCAGACCAUUUGAAGGACUGAACCGGGAUCAGGUUCACAGGCUACCGUCCGGUACCAGGGAGUUUGCGAUACGGCACGAGAAAGAAUUAGCUACCGUUGUUGAAAACCUCAAGAAGGCUCAGCACAGAAUGAUAGAACAGGCUAAUAAGCACCGUCGCCCAUCGCAGUUUCAGGUAGGCGACUUAGUCUGGGUCAAGUCUAAAGAAUUUGCACCUGAGGAGCACAUCUCGCAGAAGUUGCUACCUGCAUAUAGAGGGCCGUGGCCGGUUCUAGAAGUCAAGGGCGGAGAGGAUGGACCGUCCUACACAAUAGAGUUCCCUUCAAGAAGAUCCAUGAUCCCGCCGGAUAUGGAUGGAAGAUAUGACAUUGACGACAUUGUAGAUGAAGAUGUGUUCAGGACAGGAGGUAGAGGUCGCCCACAAAAACAGUAUAAGGUCUGGUUUGCUUAUCAGGAACCGGAAGACGACCGCUGGUUUACUAGAACAGAACUUCUAGAAACAGCUCCCGACAUAUUCAGAGCCUGUCUGGCAUCAGUUCUAAUGUCAGGAAGGAAUAGGGUUGCCCCAGAAGAUUACCUUCGGAAUGUGCUAGUCUUGGCUGCGGUGAUGAUGAUUGUUCCUGCAUUAACGCAGGAUCUUGGAUACCUCAUGGGGUGUUUUUUGGUGUAUGAGAUAUGUGUUGGCAUCUUUUGGCCUACCAUUAUGCGGCUACGGAGCCUGUACCUGCCUGAAGAGUGCAGAUCAUCAAUUAUGAACAUGUUCAGAGUUCCUCUGAACAUUUUUGUGGUGCUAAUUCUUCUUAAGGCUGGGGAACUGGACAACAGAAUAUUAUUUGCUCUCUGCAGCUUCUGGCUUCUUCUCGCUGCGUUUUGCCAACAGAAGCUGUUCAAGAACUCGAAUAUUCCGUCCACUGGAAGUUUGCCAGAAAGCAUGAGUGAACUACCAGGAUGAUGGUGGAUCAUUUAUGGCUUUGCAGUUACUUUGU